AUGGCUCCAGAAGAAGGCGACCAGGCGAUGAGCCACGAAGACAAAGCUGCGUGUUCGUCUCUGAACAUGACAAGCUCCACAGAGUUAUUCGACGGAGCACCAUCAAGUGAGAAUGAGCGGCUUCGCAUUCGGCAGGCUGCAGAGGACGCAAUGCACCAUGGAUCUCCCAAAAUCGACCCUCAGAUCUGGACCGACGUGACUUCUCACCUCAGCGGUUCUACCACGAUAGAUGCCCGCCAACGGGACAUUUUUUUUGAGAAUUUGACUGUCCAUGGAAAAGGAUCCUCGCUACAAAUCCAAAAAACUGUUCUGUCCGCCCUUCUAUACCCCAUUGCGUGCCCUGUCAAACGACUCAUGAGCAUUGUUGGUAACAAAAAACCCCACAAUGAUCGAAGAACAAUAUUACAUGGAUUCAACGGGAUUUUAAACAGCGGCGAAUUGUUGCUGGUGCUCGGUCGUCCGGGUAGUGGGUGCUCAACGUUCUUGAAAUCACUAUGUGGCUACCUUGAAGGCUUAGAUCUCGACCCAGUCAGUGAGAUCCAGUAUAGGGGAGUACCAUUCAGAGUGAUGAUUGAAAAGUACCGGGGGGAUUUAGUGUACAACCAAGAGGCGGAUCACCACUUUCCGAACUUGACAGUUGGUCAAACACUUGAGUUUGCAGCGCAUGCACGAGCACCGCAUAAUCAAGUAGGCAAUUCGAGUCGAGACCAGUAUGUCAAAUCCGUGGUGAAAGUGGUUAUGGAUACAUUUGGUCUUUCCCACACAUACGACACAAAUGUUGGCAACGACUUUGUUCCAGGAGUCAGUGGAGGGGAAAGAAAGAGGGUCAGUAUUGCGGAAACGGUUUUGUCACGGACUUCGAUUGCGGCCUGGGAUAACAGCACACGUGGGCUUGAUGCAGCCACUGCUGUCGACUUUGUUCGGUCCCUUCGUACCUCAGCCAAACUAGCGGGAUCUUGUCAUGCAGUCGCCGUAUACCAAGCCUCGGAAGGUCUUUACAAUACCUUCGACAAAGUCAUUCUUCUAUAUGAAGGGCGAGAAAUAUAUUUCGGCUCUCGUCAAGGGGCUGUUGCAUACUUUGAGACGAUGGGAUGGAAACGACCACCACAACAAGUGAGUGCGGAUUUCCUCACAGCUAUCACCAACCCAGGCGAGCGACAACCACAAGUUGGCAUGGAAAAUGCAGUCCCCCGCACCCCAGUAGAGUUCGAAAGUUACUGGAAGAACAGCCCGGAGCAUGCAGAGCUGGAGACAUCAAUGCGACAAUACAAGAUGAAGACCCCUCUUGAUAGCUCGGAGGAGAUCAAAUUGGAUGAAAUUAAGCGCCUUGAGCAAUCAAAUCAUGCUCGAAUAUCUAGUCCCUAUCUUCUCUCGGUGCCUAUGCAAAUCAGACUAUGCAUUGUGAGAGCUUGGCAACGCACUCGCAAUGAUAUCCCGGCCUUGAUUGCUACGGCAGUGGCGCAGACGGUGGUAUCCCUGAUCAUUGGGUCUCUUUUUUACAAUAUACCAGAGAAUACCGCUGGGCUCGGCCAGAGGGCAUCGGUCCUUUUUCUCGCUGUUUUGACAAAUGCUUUGAUAUCCUUGUUGGAGAUCACCACUCUAUAUAGCCAAAGAUUGAUCGUGGAGAAACAAGCUGCCUAUGCCUUUGUGCACCCUUUCACGGAAGCCAUUGCAGAAGUUAUUGUGGAUUUCCCUAUCAAACUUUUCCGAUGCCUCUUAUCUGCUAUCAUCGUAUAUUUUCUUGCAAAUCUCCGGAGAGAGGCCUCUCAUUUCUUUAUCUACAUUAUGUUCCAGCUCACAGCAGUUAUGACAAUGGCCACGAUAUUUCGCACUUUGGCUACCGUUACCAGGACUAUCGGACAAGCUAUGGCUUUGGCUGGAGUCGUGAUUAUCUGCAUUGCCGUGUACACUGGGUUUACCGUUCCUCAGUUCGAUAUGCCGCCAUGGUUUGGAUGGAUCCGAUGGCUCAAUCCGAUAUUUUACACUUUCGAAGGCAUUGUCUCCAAUGAGUUCCACGGUCGCCAUUUUGAGUGUGUGGAAUAUAUUCCAAGCUUAAGUUUCGAGCAGGGACUAUCAUUCACCUGCUCAUAUGUGGGAUCCAUUGCGGGGGAGCGGUAUGUCUCUGGGGAUGCAUAUAUUGCAGGCAAUUACGAUUACUCCUACGAUCAUGUGUGGAGGAAUUAUGGCAUCUUGGUUGCUUUUCUUGUCUUCUUCUAUGUGCUUUACUUUUGGCUCACGGAGUUGAUCCCAGGAACCACACCGGCCCACGAAGUCUUGAUCUUUCGCCAUGGGGGUGUGCUCCAAAGGUUGAUUCGAGGUGAUCUGGAACGCGGAGAGUCUAUACGUUUGCAGGAGGUAAAAUCAUUGGCCUCUGAGGUCCAUUCAUCAAAAGCAGAACAAAAGAAUACCUUCAGCUGGAAAGGACUCUCUUACGACAUUCCAGUCAAAGGUGGUGAAAAACGGCUUCUGGAUGAUGUUAGUGGUUGGGUCAAACCUGGAUCACUCACGGCACUCAUGGGCGUUUCGGGUGCUGGGAAAACAACACUUAUGAACGUUUUAGCGCGGCGUAUGACUAUCGGAGUUGUUACAGGAGAUAUGUUUGUCAACGGCCGCGAACUUGAUGCUAGCUUUGCCCGAAAUAUUGGCUAUGUCCAGCAGCAAGAUCUUCAUGUGGAGACGUGUACCAUCCGUGAGGCCCUUCGAUUCAGCGCAGCACUACGCCAACCCCAAUCUGUGUCAAUGGAGGAAAAAUAUAAUUUUGUUGAGGAGGUGAUUCAGUUGCUGGGAAUGCAGAAUUUCGCAGAAGCAGUUAUUGGAAGUCCCGGUGAUGGCUUAAACAUGGAACAAAGGAAACUGCUCAGCAUUGGAGUUGAGCUUGCUGCCAAGCCUCAACUAUUGAUCUUUCUUGACGAGCCUACCAGUGGUUUGGAUUCACGAAGUUCGUGGGCUAUCUGCGCGUUCAUGAGGAAACUUGCGGACCAUGGCCAGCCUGUCCUCGCCACAAUCCACCAACCAAGUGCCGUUUUAUUCGAGCAAUUUGAUCGUUUGCUGUUUCUUGCCAAAGGCGGAAGAACUGUUUAUUUUGGAGAUAUCGGUAAACAGGCUCGGACGGUUCUAGAAUAUCUCGAGGAUAAAGGAGCUCGUCACUGUGGCCCAACUGAAAAUCCCGCUGAAUACAUGCUCGAGGUCAUUGGAGGGGGCACCCAAGGGCAGUCUACGUCCAUCGACUGGGUUCAGGCAUGGAAAAGGAGCACUGAAUACAACAAACUUCUUGGGGAGCUCGACAUUCUCGCCUCAUCACCAUCCAACGGUGUGUCUGCUGACCCCUACAUGGUCGGCGAAUUUGCAAUGCCUCUUUUAGUUCAAUUCUACCAUGUCAUGAAACGCGACCUUCAACAAUAUUAUCGCCAACCCGAAUAUAUUUUGGCUAAGUUUGGCGCGGGUGUUUUUUGCGGUGUUUUUAUCGGCUUCUCCUUCUGGAAGUCUGAUAAUUCAAGCCAAGGCUUUCAGAACGUUCUGUUCAGUUUGUUCCUCUUGUGCACAAUAUUCUCCACGCUCGUCAACCAAAUCAUGCCGAAGUUUCUCUCUCGACGAACGCUAUAUGAGCUACGAGAGAGACCAGCUAGAACUUACUCAUGGAAGGUGUUUAUUCUGUGUCAGAUCCUCGUUGAACUACCGUGGCAAACCUUGUUGGGGAUAUGUACCUGGGCCUCAUUUUACUUUUCGGUUUACGGCAGCGGCCAAAGCUCCCAGCGGCAGGGGCUAGUUCUUCUGUUCACCGUACAGUUCUUCAUAUUUGCAUCAACCUUUGCCCAACUUGUAGUUGCUGCAGUCCCCAGUGUGGUUCUAGGGAGCAUGCUGGCUACAUUCACAUUUCUCCUGUGCCUCUUGUUCAACGGCAUCAUGCAGCCACCUAGCGCAUUGCCGCGGUUCUGGAUUUUUAUGAAUCGUGUUUCGCCUCUCACCUAUUACGUGGGUGGCAUCAGUGCCACUGCAUUGCAUGGUCGUCCGAUCCACUGCUCUAAUCGAGAGCUGAGAGUCUUUGACCCACCACAGGGGCAGAAUUGCGGUCAAUAUCUGGCGGAAUAUCUCAAAACAGCACAAGGAACGCUCUCCAACCCGCUUUCUACCGAUCAGUGUCAAUAUUGCCCACUUCGGGUAGCAGAUCAGUAUCUUGCUGCCCGGGAUAUCUCCUGGGAUGACCGAUGGAGAAACUUUGGAAUUUUCUGGGUGUAUAUCAUCUUCAACGUCAUUGGUGCUGUUUUACUCUAUUAUCUGUUUCGAGUUCUACCCUAUAUAAGGAGGAACCGCACCCAGAAAUCUCGAAACUGA